AUGCUGACCCUGGCGGUGCACCUGGCGGUGAUCCGCGACAACAACGGGCGCAUGGGGCUCCGGGCCUGCGACCAGGCGAUCCCGGCGUGGGCGCCCUGGACGCUGGCGUUGGUCUCCUGCGCCCUGCAUAUGGGAUGGAUCAUCAUCAUUUUGAAGGCCAUGGGAACCAUGGGACCCAUGGGAUGGGUUCUGGUUGAGGAUUGA